AUGUUAAACGAUAUCAUAAUACAGGUUGCUAUAGCUUCUAUAGGAGUUACUAUAGUCAAUAGUGAUAAAGUUAAAUUUCUUCAUAAAUUUAAAUAUGCAGUAUAUGCCCUAAUCUUUUCUUUUUUGAUAUAUAAGGGAAUACCAUGGAACAGAGAAAAUUAUUAUAUUUAUUUGAAUAUUACCCCGAAUGCUACAAAACAAGAAAUCCAAACAGCUUAUAGGCAAGCUGCUAAAAUUUAUCACCCAGACAAAAAUUCAGACGAAUCUGCGGAUUCAUCUUUUAUAAAAUUGAAGCAUGCUUAUGAUGUUUUAUCAGAUGAUGUAAGAAGAAGCAAUUAUAAUCGAUUUGGGGAUUAUAAAAAUGGAGAAGUAGACGAUAAUACUGCGACCUUACUGAUAUGCCUUUCGUUAGUCCAGCAUGCUAUGUUUUUUAUUAUUGGGUAUUUUUUAUCAUAUCGUAAACAAUUAGAAUUUUCAAGACAGAUUUUCCUAGUAUACAAUAUAGCAAGUUUCUGUUUCGAAUUACAAUUUCGAUUUAUUGAAGAUGACACAACCUUUGAUUGGCUUCCUGUUAUAGGAUAUCUAUUACCCUAUGAAAAAAUUAAAUUAUUAAGAAUGAUAUUUCCUAUUGUUUUUUUUAUUAGUAUAUGUAUAUCUGCUUAUGUAUAUACAGAUAGAAAUGCGAACUUGAUUUAUCUUAUGCGUUCAAUAUUAUCGACAAAUAGAAUAAUUGUUGAAAGAUCAAAUGAUGUAGUCGAGUCCACAAAUUAUUUAAAAAAAAAUGGAGACCAACUAAUUUCUAAAUUACAACAAACACGAAAAAGUGGCAAUCCUAUGUUGUUUCAAAUUAAUAACAAAACUAGUGAAAAUGAUACUUUAGAUUCCUUCGAAUCUGAUAAUAAUAAUAAUACAAAGGAUGAAAAUAAAAAUGCAGAGGAUGAAAAUAAAAAACUACUUGAAAAUGUUAAAGAGUUUUCAUUAACUCUUGAUUCUCAACAAAUGAAUUUAUUAGAAAAAUGUUUUGAAAUAAUGAAAAAUAAAAAAACAGAUGAUAAGAAAGGAAAAAAAAAAUCAUGGUUUGAAUUUUUCUCUUUACAAAUGGUAUUUGGAGUUAUAUUUGUUUAUAUGUGGCUUACUUCAAAGUAA